AUGAAUAAUUUACCAACAAGAACUUUGUUAAUAACAGGAUUAGAUAAUGAAAAUCAAGUUGAAAAGUUUAUAUCAAUGCAGUCACAAGACUCCAUUUUAGAGACUUAUAGAGUUCCUAAGACUUGUUUAUUGUUUAUAACAUUUUUUGAUAUUAGAAAUUCAAUAGACUUACUUAAAAAUCUAAAUUUAUUAAAAGAUCAAUUUCCUAAUCUAAACAUCUUUUACACGAUAUCAAAAAAUGAGUUACCAAGUAAUGAAGAUGAGUGUAAAGAGAAGAAUAAUCAAGCAUCAGUAAUAGUUCAAUAUAAAAAUUUUAAUUUAUCAUCAGAUAAAAUAUAUGAUUUAGCUUCAACAUGUGGAGAGAUAAGAGAAUGUAGAAUGGAUAAAGUUGGACAGAAGAUUUAUGAAUAUUUUAAUAUAAAGGCAGCUAAAAUAGCACUUAAUGAAUUAAAUUUAGCUGAUUUUGAGGGUGGGAAUGUUAAAACAAAACCUGUAUGGGACAUUAUGCCUAAUCAAAAAGCGACCAUUCUAAAUAGAACUGAUCAAAUCAUAAAAGAAGAAUUAGAUAAAAAACAGAUAAAUUUAAAUGAAUCAAUAAAAAGGAUUAAGACGAGUAAAAGUAAAAAUAUUUUUAUAGAUCAAUUUGAUGAAUUUAUAAUUAAUAAUCUGUCACAGAUUGAAAGAUUGAUAUUUAAAAAUAAAAAAAGUAAAUAA